GCAUGAGGUGUUGCUCAUUGUUUUGUGUAGUUGCAGUGUCAGUUAACAAGUCUGACCGGUGACAAACGAAAGCACAGCCAAAAUGCAGCAGGAGAGCAGGUGGAAAUACACACGGCAAGGACAUCGUGAGGUCCCGGUGACGACUGUGAUUUCUCUUUGACAACAUGGACGCAUUGGAUUCAAGGAGGAUUGUGGUACUUGGAAAAACUGGGGCUGGGAAAAGCAGCCUGGCUAACACCAUACUGGGAGAGAAUGUCUUCAACGUAUGCCAUUCAUCCGUUUCUGAAAGAAGUUCAUCUCGUUUAGUAAUUAAGUCAGUAAAUGGAAAAAACAUCAGUUUUAUUGACACUCGUAGUAUUUUUGACACAGGCAUGUCUGAGCAAUUACUCAGGGAUGAGAUAGUGAGGUGCAUGACAGAGUGCGCUCCCGGACCUCAUGCUUUUCUCAUCGUCCUUAAAGUGGAGAAAUUUACACAGCAGGAGCGAGAUGUAAUCAAAAGAAUAUGUCAAGAUUUCUCUGAAGAUGCUAUGAAAUACGCUGCCGUUGUCUUCACUCAUGGCGACCAGCUCCAAGAGGGAAUGAGAAUAGAGGAAUUCAUCAGUUAUAACAAUGAGCUCAGCAAUCUGGUGGAGAAGUGUGGAGGCAGAUGCCAUGUCGUUGAUAAUAAAUACUGGAAAAACAACAAAGAAGAUGACUACAGGAGCAAUCGGUUCCAAGUGGCAGAGAUACUCAGGACAAUAGACAAAAUAAGUGAGGCAAACAAUGGAAGCUGCUACACCAAUAAGAUGCUACAGACGAUAGAAAGUGAGCUACAGAUACAGGAAGAGCUUAUUAGAAAGUCAUCAGCAAACAUGUCGGUUGAACAGAUUGCAAUUGAAGCUAAAAAGGGUGUGAUGAACAAGCUGCUGAUUAUAUUUGCAGGUACGGCAACAGGCGUAUUGGUUGGAGCCUUUCUUGGUGUGGCGAAGAUGGUCACAUCAACUUUUUUGAAUCUACAGGAGCACACAGAUGCAACAGUUUCACUGGCUGCACAGAAAGGGUUAGUAGAGGGAGGUCGGUUAGGAUAUGCUGCAGCUGAACAAUCAGAAAGUGCAUCGGAAGCCAUUCAGAAAGCUGCUAAAGCUGUCCUCGAACACACUGUUAAAUAAUUGUUAGGAUCAUGACAAAGACAGAGUGGACAGCAAAGAAAGCAGAGAAAGGAAUGUUGUUUUCUGAUGUCUUGGGUAAUUACUUUAUAAGUAGAGAUAGUGGCAGUAGAAGAACUGUUGAGAUAUGUAGUCAAGGAAAAGUAGCAUUUGCUAAACACUUACACUAUUUUGUUCCAAUUAAAUAUUAGCAAGUGGAGCUACUUUUCAAGAAGAAUUUUCUUUAUACAAUUGGUUAUAGAUGCUGAUGCAUUUCUUUUUUUUACAAUCUA